AUGGAAGAGCCGUCUUCGAGAAUUCGUCCUUAUCUGGACUGGGAUAACGAGGACAAAUACUCAGUGGCGAAUAGUCAAGCGCCGUUACAGGAUGGCGAGGACGACCAUCCGGAACGCGGGACGUGGACGGGGAAAUUCGAUUUUCUGUUGUCCCUUCUGGGGUACAGUGUAGGCCUCGGGAAUGUCUGGAGAUUUCCGUAUCUUUGCUAUUCCAACGGCGGCGGAGCUUUCCUGAUACCAUUCACCGUGAUGCUCAUCAUUGCCGGAUUGCCGCUCAUGUUCAUGGAACUUUCCUUAGGUCAAUACGCCAGUCUUGGACCGGUCGCGGCUUAUAAACGUUUCUGCCCUUUGCUCUGUGGCUUAGGCUACGGGAUGGUCCUCGUUAGCUCCGUUGUUAUGCUCUAUUAUAAUUUAAUCAUCGCAUGGACGUUGUAUUACAUAUACGCGUCGGUCUUUGGUGGUUGGGAGCUGCCCUGGAGCAAAUGCGAGAAGGAGUGGAGCACCGAGGAUUGCUUUAAGCCAGACGCUGCCGAGGUUUGUGCCUCUAAAAACGUUUCUUACUUCAAAGGAGGAUGCCUCAAUUCGACGCAAAUGACCGCAAUGGGUCUGACUAUUGAGGACGUGGCCAGCAUUAUCAGGAGGCCGCCAGCCGAAGAAUAUUUCAAUAAUUAUGUCUUGAGGAUCAGCAGCGGAAUCGAAGAAACCGGAUCGAUUCGACCGUCCAUGGCAACGUUCCUCUUUCUUGCAUGGACAAUCGUUUUCCUCUGUUUGAGCAAGGGUGUCAAGAGUUCGGGCAAAGUCGUGUAUUUCACCGCUCUCUUCCCAUACGUCGUUCUGGUCGCACUUUUCGUCCGAGGUAUUUUACUACCCGGAGCGAGUGAAGGAAUACUCUUCUAUCUGACUCCCGACUGGAAGAGACUAAUGUCCGCGAAAGUGUGGGGAGACGCCGCGGUGCAAAUCUUCUUCGCCUUGAGCCCGGCCUGGGGAGGUCUAAUUACAUUGAGCUCGUACAACAAGUUCACCAACAAUUGCUACAAGGAUUCUCUGAUCGUUGCAAUUAGCAACAUCGGAACGUCCUUCUUCGCGGGCUUGGUGAUCUUCUCGGUGAUCGGAUUCCUCGCUCACGAGCUCGACGUGCCAGUAGCAUCGGUGGUGGAUGAAGGCGCUGGUUUGGCGUUCAUCGUUUAUCCGGAGGUCGUGGCACGUCUGCCGUUCGCGCCCGUCUGGUCGCUACUCUUCUUCAUCAUGCUGCUCACGUUGGGUCUCGAUUCUCAAUUUGCGCUCAUGGAGACGGUCACCACGGCGAUACUCGACGGCGUCCCCGCACUGAGAAGCUACAAGAUCUGGGUCGUUCUGGGAGUUGCGAUGGUCGGCUACGCCGGUGGCAUCAUUUUCACCACCAACGCCGGCAUGUACUGGCUGCAGCUGAUGGACAAGUACGCGGCCAACUGGUCGGUUUUGUUGAUUGCCAUAAGCGAAUGCAUUCUGGUGGCGUGGGUGUACGGAGCGAAUCGGUUUCUGGACGACGUCCAACAGAUGAUCGGACCCCACGGCGGUCUCUGGCGAUUCUUCUGGACAUGGAUGUGGAAGGUCAUUACACCCGCUGCGCUGUUCUUCAUUCUCUGUUUCAACUGGGUGGAAUAUGAGCCACUUAGAUACGGGACUUACAUCUAUCCGAAAUGGGCGGACGUGUUGGGCUGGGUCAUUAGUAUGCUUCCCGUUUUAGUCAUCGUCGGGCUAGCUAUAAAUCAGUUGAAGAAACGUCGCCAACGAUCACCCUACGACGAUGACGAGGACGAUGAGGACGACGACGAUGACGAGCUGGAUAACGGCGAGCCUUGUCAAAGAACGAAUAAAGGAAAGGGCAAAGGGAAGAAUAAGGAUGUGUGGGAUCGUGUGAAGAUACUGCUGCAACCGACAUCCAAUUGGGGUCCGGCAUCGGGAAAUUCCUUGACACCUUCCAAGACUCUGGCUACACCUUCGCCAGGAUGCACUGCUUACGACUCGAUCGUCCUGGUAAAUGGUCAACCGAUGAUGGUGCAGCCGCCCAACGCCAUCGCCACCACGCAGAAACUCCCCGGGCCGUCGAUCCUCAAGAAUUCCAGCAAGACCGACCUGAUCACCUCGCAGCAAGUGUGACACGACGUUCGUUUUAUGUCCAACGAUGAAUCCUCGGAGGAAUCAUGCCAGAGAUAGAACGCCCGAUGUAAGAUGAGCCUAUCUUCGGAAUGAACGAAUAUUUCUUCUGGGUAACGUCGGCAAUUGCGCAUCUUCAAGCGCGACAGCUGCGAAGCAACUUUGUCGUCAUUCGAUUCAAUUUUCCAUGUGAAAUUCUCGUGAAUUGUUCUGUCGACGUUUACAUAAUUUUUCUCGAAUUUGGUUCCUAUCAUCGGUUGCUCAGGAAAAAGUGGAAAAAAUGAGCCUGCCAUCAAGUGUGCAGAGUACCGAUAUUUAAAAAUCCAUUGUUUCCUUUCUCACAAUGUACUAUUUAAGAUUGCAGGGUUUUUAUAAGAAAAGGAUUGGUAGUGCCCCUCCGCAAUUUUAAUGAGCUUUGAAUAUAUCGUAAAGAAGCUAAAAAUAAGAUACAUGUAUCUUUUUAUAAGGAAAGAUAGGAGAAAAUCACAUGUAAAAAGUACGUUCCUCUUAUUUAUGAUUCUCUGCAAUGUAUUCAAGACUCAUCAAAAUCGGUGAGGGACACUUUCAGACUUUCCCUUAUAAAUAUAUCACCGCGUUCUUCCAUAUUGAUCAAAUAACCGCUCGAUAUUGAUAGUAAUGCGUGUACCUUAACCCCACACAGAUGUUAAUAUUAAAUUUCUAAUGGCCAAAGAAUGUUGCAAAUUAAUCUAUUGAAAAUCGUUGGAAGUUGAAAGGAAUCGAAGAGAGAAUCACAUGCAACAAUACGAACAGUAUUAUAUUUUCUUAGGAACGACGAUAUCUCACCCGUAUUCUCGGAAUAUUACAUAGGCUAUUAAUAAUUAUUUCACAAUAGGCGAAUAUUUAUUUUUCGAGAUCGUUAAUUAUUUUUGCUACUGUGAGAAAAGAUAGAAGUCUGUAUAGAUUAUUGCCCGUGAAGGUGGAUUUAUAUCUAGACACAUUUAGCAAAUAGGAAAAAAGAAUUUAUAGCGAUAAAGAAAUGAGCAAAGCGAAAACGCCAAAUUAAUAAAUUCAACGUAUACCAAUCUCUUGCAGUAAAUAUUUCGUUGGAGUUCUAAGUAGUGAUGGAGAUCUGAGAUCAUAGCGAUGGAACUAAUCUGAUCGCUUAUCUAUUAAUAUUUGUAUAUCAAUAUCCGCAAGUAUUAAGUUAUAAAUAUGAACAGUUAUCACAAGAUAAACGAUGAGUGGCAUUGAUCAUACAAUCGACGUAACUAUUGCUGAUCAAAAUAUAAUAAGUAUUAGAAUAAGAUUAAUUUAUUUCUUGUACACAUUAUUUUUUUAUUAU